AAGGAACGAGAAGAGCCCAAGAUGGCGGUCGCCUCAGCAGCAGCGAUCACCUCCGAGCAGCAAAGUUCUAAUGGUCCUGUGAAGAAAUCGAUGCGUGAGAAAGCUGUGGAGCGGAGGAAUAUUAACAAAGAACACAACAGUAACUUCAAGGCUGGAUAUAUUCCAAUUGAUGAAGAUCGUCUGCACAAAACUGGCUUGCGAGGCAGAAAAGGCAACUUGGCCAUUUGUGUGAUAGUCCUCCUGUUUAUUUUGGCUGUCAUCAAUUUGAUUAUCACGCUUAUCAUCUGGACUGUAAUUCGCAUUGGACCCAGCGGCUGUGACAGCAUGGAGUUUCAUGAUAGUGGCUUAUUGCGAUUUAAACAAGACUCUGACAUGGGAAUUAUACAUCCAUUGUAUAAGAGCACAGUCGGAGGUCGACGUAAUGAGGAUUUGGUGAUUGUUGGAGAGAACCAGCCAAUUGUGUUUCAACAAGGGGAAACAAAACUUAGUGUUGCAAAGAAUGGAACCUCAAUUACAAGUGAUAUUGGUAUGGAAUUUGUUGACCCACGGACUCAGAAUACUUUGUUUAGCACUGACUAUAAUACUCACGAGUUUCAUUUGCCAACUGGAGUAAAAAUUUUGAAUGUUCAAAAAGCAUCUACGGAGAGGAUUACCAGCAAUGCUACCAGUGAUCUGAAUAUAAAGGUUGAUGGACGUGCCAUUGUCCGUGGAAAUGAAGGUGUUUUCAUCAUGGGCAAAACCAUCGAGUUUCAUAUGGGGGGCAAUAUGGAACUGAAAGCAGAUAAGAGCAUUGUUCUAAAUGGAAGUGUGAUGGUCAACACAGCUCGACUGCCGAGUCCUUCACAUGGGGAGAAAUUAAACAAUGGCGACUGGGAACGCUACAAGCUUUGCAUGUGCUCCGACGGGACUCUAUUCCGCAUUCCAGUGAAGAGCCGCAACAUGGGUUGCCAAACCUCAGUUAAUCCCUGCGGUAAUACAUAUUAAAAGCAAAACAGGGCACUAUCAAACGAGGAGGAGCUUAGGUUUAAAACAGUUGCAUGUUUGCAAGCUUUUUUUGUUGUUUUUACCACGCUUGUAAAAGAACUACAUGAAGCACUUUUUUUUAUCCAGGACACUGCAUUGAACAGAUUCUUUUAAACAUCAGCCAUAUCAUCAAACCAUUUGUGCUACAUAUUACUGUAUUUCAGUAAGGUACUUAAGUACAUUCAUCACUCCAGAAGUACUUUAGGAUAUAGCUGAAUUGAAGUCACUGAAAUCUUUGUGAAAGGUCUAAUGGUGCCAAUCUUUGGCUUAUCUCACCUUUGCAAGAGUACUUUCUGCAAGUGGCGAGAACCUUCGGGUGUGCACAGAUCAGUGUAUAUGCAUGUGAGAAUAGGAUGGCCUCACCCACUAUUGGCAUGUGGGCUUCUGAAAAUUGGCUAGGUGGUGAGCAUGGCCUUGGGCCAAAAAUGGCUAGCCAUGCCUUGGCUAGAGGUUGUGUGCCUACAUGGCAGUCUUCAUUCAUGUGCCCCCUAGCGGUGCAUGAUCGACUCACAUACCCCACCCUUUGUUUUCAUAUAUGCCUCAACAGAAUAUGCUGAGCAGUACUUGUGGGGAAAAACACGUCUGAACGGUGGUGCUUUGAAUCCUUUAGGAUUAUGCAGAGACUCUUCACCAACAGCGCAAGUUUCCGUAUAAAUAGGUUGGCAUUUCAUCUGGGCAAAUAUCACAAACAAGAGAUUAGUCUUUAAAAA